AUGGCGAAGAAGGAUGUCUCACACCUCAGCCGUACCAGCAAGAGAACACAUCACACAUCUCUACCAUCGCUCUUCCGGUAUCUGGAAGCUCGUGGCAACAACAAGAUCAAGAUAUUCUCCUCGAUCCCCGGCCUCUACGCCCUUGCAAGGAACAUCAGUCAUGUCAGAAUACUAGAACUCGAGACGGACGAACUCGUCUUCUACUACCACUGUGUGUUGGCGUUCGAGGAGCUGAAUCCAGGAACCGUGCAGGAACCCUUGCCACGACCGUCCUGGUUACCGCUCCCCGACAUCCAUGCCUGCCAGCUUGUCGCAUUGCCACCCGUGACCUGUCUUUCGGAGCUCACUAUCCAUUUGGGCCUUUUUAAAGGCUGCAGCUAUACCUUGCCCAGCGCUAAAGAUCCUCGCGCGACAUUCGCCCAACUCUGCUGGUUGGUGUCCAUCAAUCCUGGAUUGAGCCUUCUGGACUUGGAAAGUGUUCCCGUGAAGGAUCUUGGAGGAGGCCGGCGUCUUGGAAGGGUCAUUGCUGGGCUAUCCAAGAUACGACAACUGCGUCUUGGGAUCAUCUGUAGCGACGACAAUUAUUUGGAGCUGGGAUCGUUGCUCUUGUUCAGCUGCCAGCCGUCGAUUCAGGAAUUGGCCAUGACUGUCUGCCUUAAUGGCAAGGACGAUGCCACUCAAUACCACAGCAGUCAUUGGCAGGAAGUAGGCGAUGAUGCGAUAGCGGUUCCCAGGAUGAAGGAGCCAUUGGUUCAUCUGGAGGUUCUGAAGGCUCACUACUUGCGCGAUUGGCACUCUUUGACCGCUAUCCAUACGGUUUUUGCGCAUUGCCCCAACAUCCGGAAACUGGAAGUCACCAUCGCUGGGGACCAGAGCGCAGAUAUGAUUGGAUUGAUGAUUGCCGCGGUGUGUCGCAAGAUCGAGUCGUUAACCUAUGGAGACGUCUGCGCGACCGUGUACGAUCCUGUGCCAUUCAAAAUCCUGGAUUCUUUACCCGCCCGACAGGUUACCGAAUUUCGUUACGGCGGGCUCCUCUCCAACGUCAACGCUCCUGAGGUAAACUUGUCCCUGCAGCGACACUCAACAACAUUGAGAAGGAUUGUGGUCCAAGGAGACGGUAUUCAUGGUAGAAUCUCCCUUUCUGCAAUCUUCAGUGAGUGUCAGAACCUUGAGAUCCUCCAUAUCAAAUUCGACAGAAAUGCUGGACACUACAUCACGUUGUCAGAUGCCGUGGAGGCUCCUUGGAGAUGCACCAAACUGAGCGAGCUCGUCCUCGGUAUCAGCGGAUGCGACCUGCCCGCCCUCCGCCAAGGGAUCCUGGCCUACUACCUCCGUCCAUCUCCAGUCGCACUCACCCCAGCAGAGACGCAGCACUUUUCCCGACUCGAGACUCUCUACAAACAGAUCGGCAAACUGACAAGCCUACAAACCCUAGGCCUGCAAAUGGUCAUGCUUGGUCAACAUGAACGAGUGGAUAGGGAGUUACAGAAGGUUCCCAGGUCGUUCCCUGCCUUGAUGAGCGUUGGAGAUCCGUUCGGAGGCCGACCUGGCUAUCUUCACCACCUUUGUGGGUUGAAGAGAUUGGAGAGGCUUGAGGGAUCGGUGAGGGUGGAUGCGAAAGAGACAAAAUUGACGGUUGACUGGCCGGAAGCGUCGUGGAUGAGUGAGCAUUGGCCGCUGCUUAGGAGGGCUGAGUUUUUUGCGCGGGGAGGGGAAAUUAGGUAUCCGUUCAAGUGGCUACAAGACCAGCGCAAGAUGAGUGGGCGGGAGCAACUUGUACUGGUUUAA